AUGAUUAGCAAGACUAUCGAAGAAUUCCACGUCGCCAUUGUCGGCGCUGGUAUUGGUGGCCUGGCUCUGGCCAUGAGCUUGCAUAAAAAAGGUGUUUCUUUCACAUUAUAUGAAGGCGCAAAAGAGUACUCAGUCGUGNNGGGUAUUGGCUUCGCUCCGAAUGGAAUGCGAACGAUGGACCUCAUUGAGCCGGAAUUUCGUCCUCUCUAUGAGAAGAUCUGCGUUGGAAACAAGGGCGAAAAUAACCAGAAUAUCUUCUUCGAGGGCAUGCUUCUCCAAGAGGGAUUUGGACAAGAUCAGCCGUGGUUUGGCAAAUCCGCCUGGGGCCAUCCUGACUUCGACCGCAAAUCCGUAGGUCAUAGGUGUCCUGGAAAUCAGAACUUGAUAUUGACUAGAUUCAGNGCACACCGAAAAGCACUACUCGAGAUUAUGACUAGCUUUAUCCCCGUCGAGAAUGUCAGAUUCAACAAAUACCUGGAGUCGAUUGAUCAACAUCCCGACAAAGUCGUCCUCAGAUUCGCCGAUGGUGAAGUAGCCGAGGCAAGCGUGCUCGCUGGCGCCGAUGGUAUCAAGAGUAUCGUUCGAGAGCACGUGCUCAAGCCCUUGUUCCCUCAGGAAACCGCACCAGUAUACGCAGAUGCCUACUGCUAUCGCGCCGUCAUUCCCAUGUACGAAGCUUACCCCAUCCUCGGCGAUCUCACAGAUGUCGCAAAGUUCUUCUUCGGUCACGACCGCAGUGCAGUGACCUACCGCAUCACCGGCGGCGAGGAGUUCAACUUCUUGUUCUGUGUGGCGGAUUCAAAACCUUGGGCACUGGAGAAGGCCGUGACUGAGAAGACAACACACGAGGCCAUGAUGGCCGACUUCGAAGGCUCGGGAGUAGAUCCUCGCUUUCGUGAAUUGCUUGCCAAAGCACAGCCCAUCAAGUGGGGAUUCUUCCAUCACUGGAAAACUUCGACUUACUAUCAAGGACGCGUUGCCCUUCUGGGUGACGCUGCACAUGCUUCGCUACCUUUCCAGGCUGCUGGUGCUGCCCAGGGACUAGAAGAUGCAUUAGUCUUGUCCAACGUACUCGCGAAAGCCGCAGCAAUGCACGAGACGCCCGCCAACAUGGCUCCCUAUAUCAAAGCAGGCCUCGAUGCCUACGACUCAGUGCGACGUCCCAGAGCACAAAGACAAUUAGAACAGGCCGCUGAGGUCGGAAAGAUGAUCUUUUUCCAGCACGAGGAAGCAGGUUCUGAUAUGGACAAGAUUCUUCCCAGACUACAGCAAGGUAGGUUUAAUUGGCUCUGGUUCCACGACAUGAGUGGGGAUGUUGUCAAGGCUUUGACGAGGAUGGAAAAGGGUGGGCGGGAGCGGGCUCGAGCCACCGCUUGUUUGUAG